UUAAAUUAUGUAACACUACCAGCACAUGGCUUUGCUAUGUUAGAGACAGAUAUAAGCUUAGAUUUACUUUCAAACACCACAAGGAAAUCUGAUGGUGAGGUUUUUUUUUGCUUCUGUUACGCACAGGCACAAGUGAAAAUGUAUUCACAGAAUAUAUCGAAUGCAAUUGACAAGUCUUCUACCCAUUCUGAUGUCAGAGGGAUUUCCUUUAAAAUGAAGCCAGACAGUAAACCAUGGCACAUGGAAACUAAUGGAAGUGUAACUUCGACUCCACAUCUUUUGCCAUCUCUGGAUUACGAAGAAUAUGAGCAGACCCCCAAGGCGCACAAGUACCAUUCGGCUUUGCAGACCCUGAUUCCUUUCCGGUCACAGUCGAUGUCUUCACACCCUAUAGAUGACGCUGGUUUCUUUUCAUUUACUACGUUUUCAUGGCUUACUUCUCUUUUAUGGAAAGUGUUCAGAAACAAGGUAGAUGUGGAAAAUGUAUCUUCUUUAUCAGCAUAUGACUGCACAGAUGUUAAUGCUAAAAGAUUUUGGAGGCUUUGGAAUGAAGAAGUUGGAAGAGUUGGUAUUGAAAAGGCCUCCCUGGAGCGUGUGGCUUUCCGUUUUCAAAGAACACGAAUGCUAGUUGCUUUUUUGUCAUCUCUUGUGUUCGUUACUGCUGCCUUCCUAGGGCCGUCGGUUCUUGUUUACAGUAUUCUCCAGUACAUCGAGUCAUCCGAAUCCAAUGUCCUGUAUGGAGUUGGCCUUUGUGCGGCGCUUUUUACCUCAGAGUUCUGCAAAGCAUUUUUUGUAUCACUGACCUGGGCUAUUAAUAUACGGACAGGAAUCAGGCUUAAAAAUGCAUUUUCUGCUGUGGCGUUCGAGAAAAUCAUUUCUCUGAGGACACUUAAUGACAUUUCUGUUGGAGAGGUGAUCAAUGUCCUUUCUAACGAUGGCUAUCGAAUAUUCGAUGCUAUAAUUUUCUGCACCUUCAUACUUUGUAUACCAGUCUUGCUGAUUAUCUGCAUUGUAUAUGCCUGCUACGUUCUUGGAUAUACUGCACUUUUUGGAGUCUUAGUAUAUAUGGUCUUCAUUCCUAUACAGUUUGCGAUGGCCAGGAUGAUAAAUGUUGUCAGGAGGCGCGCGAUAACCAUUACAGACACAAGAGUACGAACCAUGAAUGAAGUGCUAACUUGCAUUAAACUUAUUAAAAUGUAUGCUUGGGAGAAUUCAUUUGAAAAACACAUUUCUGAUGUAAGAAGAGAAGAAAGAAGCGUUUUAGAGAAAGCAGGAUAUAUUCAGAGUGUCAAUUCUUCUGUCACAAUCAUUAUUCCAACACUGUCCACAAUUGUCACUUUUGUUGCUCACACAGCUCUUGGCCUGAAUUUGACUUCUUCAUCUGCCUUUACUGUGACUGCCAUUUUCAACUCAAUGAGGUUCACUCUUGGCCUCCUUCCAUUCUCUGUAAAGGCUUUGGCAGAAGCCAAAGUUUCUCUAGCCCGGUUAAAGAAAAUUCUCCUUCUUGAAAAUCCAGAACAAUAUGUGACUCAGUCACAGGGUUCCCCCAAUGCUUUAGUCAUAGAGAAAGCAACUCUCUCCUGGGGUCGCCCUACAGAGAGUAAUGAAUCUACACGGGCCGCAGCGAAUGGGCUCAGAGGUAAGGAAAAUGAGCCAGAGGCUUCGGAGAGUGAACAAGAUACAAAUCUACCCGGAAAGGCAAAAAACAGACCAACUCUGAAAAACAUUACCCUUACAUUACAGAAGGGAAAGCUGCUUGGAAUUUGUGGAAAUGUAGGCAGUGGAAAAAGUUCAUUGAUUUCAUGCAUACUCGGACAGAUGCACCUGUAUCAUGGAUCUGUGGCAGUAGAUGGAACUUUUGCUUAUGUCUCUCAGCAAGCCUGGAUAUUUCAUGGAAGUGUUCGUGACAAUAUUCUCAUGGAAGAGAAAUUUGAUAAAAAGAGAUAUGACAACGUUCUUAGUGCCUGCUGUCUUAAGCCUGACUUAGCGAUUCUUCCCUAUGGAGACAUGACUGAGAUUGGUGAAAGGGGGAUAAAUCUUUCAGGUGGUCAAAAGCAGAGGGUAAGCCUUGCCCGAGCUGUCUAUUCCAACAGGAACGUCUUCCUACUGGACGACCCACUUUCAGCCGUUGAUGCCCAUGUUGGGAAACACAUAUUUGAAGAAUGUAUCAAGAAGGAACUUAGAGGAAAAUCUGUCAUUCUCGUGACUCAUCAGCUGCAGUACCUGGAGUUCUGUGAUGAGGUCCUAUUGCUUGAAAAUGGAGAAGUGAAAGAAAUGGGAACACACAAAAGCUUGAUGGAUGCGCAAAGCAAAUAUUCACAACUUAUAAAGAAUUUCCAACAGUCAGAUGAUUCUAAUGAUGUAGAUCGUGAAGAACCAGCACCUAUCUCACAAGAAGAGGACUCUGGUCACGUGGCCAAAGGAAUAGAAAAUCCAGCUUUUGAUAUGUCAGAUGAGAAGAUGGAACCUGAUGAGCACAAUAACGAUAUCAGCACACACACUGAAAAUGAAAUGAAGGACCAACUUGUUAAAGGGGAAGUAAAACAAGAAGGUUCUGUUACCUGGAAGGCCUAUCAUCAUUACGCUAAAUCCUCUGGAGGAUAUAUUGUGACCUUUUGUGUUUUGCUGCUAUUCAUCUUGAUUGUUGGAGUAACAACAUUUAGCAGCUGGUGGCUGAGUUUUUGGCUAGAACAAGGAUCUGGGUUGCAGAAUAACUCUUCAUCUGCAAAUCAUUCUGACAAGAUAAACUCUACAAGAGAUGUGGGCAAUAUUACAGAAAACCCAGACCUUCAUUUCUACCAAUUGGUAUAUGGAAUGACCAUAGUAGCAAUGGUUGUGCUGAGUGUCAUCAAAGGAUCUUCAUUCACAAAAACAACUCUGAGAGCAUCUUCAAAUCUCCAUGACAAAAUGUUCCGCAGGAUCAUUCACAGCCCAAUGAGUUUCUUUGAUACAACACCAACUGGAAGGAUGAUAAACAGAUUUUCCAAAGACUUGGAUGAGAUUGAUGUUGGGCUACCCUUCAAUACUGAGAACUUUAUACAGUUCACUCUUCAAGUCUUAUUUACCAUUGUCACCAUCUCAGCUGUGUUUCCUGCACUCCUCAUUGCAGUGGUCAUUUUGAUCAUUAUCUUUGUGGUCAUUCUAUCCAUUUUCAUGAGAAGCAUUAGAGGGCUGAAAAGGAUGGAGAACAUUAGUAGAUCUCCUUGGUUUUCUCAUACUACAUCUACCAUUCAAGGACUCAGCACCAUCCAUGCCUACCAAAAGGAAGAACACUACAUAACAAAGUUUAAGGUGUUGAGUGACACAAAUUCUAGUCACUUCAUGCUGUUCAACUGUGGCUCAAGAUGGCUUUCUUUUAGGCUGGACUUUCUAACUACUACAGUUACUCUACUGGUUGCGCUAUUUGUAGUUUUAAGUCCUCCAUCAAUUAGCCCAGCCUUAAAAGGUCUAGCUCUCUCAUACACUAUCCAGUUGACUGGAAUGCUGCAGUUUUGUGUGCGAUUAGGAACAGAAUUAGAAGCAAAAUUCACUUCUGUUGAGAGAAUGUUGGAAUAUAUCCUGGGAACUGUCUCAGAGGCACCCAGGAAGAUUAAGAAUGCAAAUAUCCCAGAGGGCUGGCCUCAAAAUGGUGCAAUUACUUUUAAUGACUACUGCAUGAAAUACAGAGAGAACACUCCAGUUGUGCUAGAUGGAUUAAAAUUAAAAAUUAAACCAAUGGAAAAAGUUGGUAUUGUUGGAAGAACAGGUUCUGGGAAAUCGUCUCUUGUUGUUGCUCUGUUUCGACUAGUUGAGCCAGCCUCUGGAACAAUCCUAAUUGAUGAUGUGGAUAUUAACACUAUUGGUUUGGAAGAUCUGAGAAGUAAACUGGCAGUAAUACCCCAGGAUCCAGUGCUUUUCACUGGUACUGUAAGGUAUAAUCUGGAUCCCUUUAACAAUUACACUGACAGAGACAUCUGGAAGGCCCUUGAAAACACAUAUAUGAAAGACAGUAUCUCUAAGCUACCCAAGAAGCUGGAAUCUGUGGUGGUUGAAAAUGGAGAAAAUUUCUCUGUGGGUGAAAGGCAGCUGUUGUGUAUGGCUAGAGCCCUCCUCAGAAACUCAAAGAUAAUUCUACUGGAUGAGGCCACAGCUUCCAUCGACUCCGAGACUGACGCUCUGAUUCAGCACACUAUCCGUGAAGCAUUUCAGGACUGCACUAUGUUGACCAUCGCUCACCGCAUUAACACUGUGCUAGAGUGUGACAAGAUCCUUGUCAUGGAAAAUGGAAAGGCCGUUGAAUUCGACAGGCCAGACAUCUUGCUGCAGAGGCCGGAUUCAUUAUUUGCAUCACUUCUCUCGGCUGCCAACAGAGUGGAGACGUGAGAGGGGUUGAGAAUGUAGCUGCACUGCUGCACUCCUUGGUGACUUUCAACACCUAAAGGCACUUACAGUAUGUCCAUUUUGUAGAGGCUUUGUCUCUUAUAGUUCUAAAGCUAACAGAAAGAAUAACUUAUCUUCAUUCAAUAACUCUAUUUUGUCAUGUGUCCAUCUGCAUUCUCUUUAAGGGCAGAGAAAGACAUGGGACACAAAAAGAUAUUAUGUUACAUUAAUUGCAAACACCAUUAAUGUAUAUAAGACAGGAUCAGCCCCUGUAAUGAAAAACAAUAUUCUUCAUGAGGAAACCUCUUAUUCUCUAAUACCCUUUGAAACUGUAAACAGAAAAAAAGAACUGACCUUGCAUGUGCUGCUUAUUUUGUUCAUGUUACUGAUUCUCUUAGCAGCUGGUAUCUGCUAAAGCUGGUGGUAUUAAAAUGAUUAUAAUCAUUAUAACAGGAUAUGUUAAUAUAUUUUAAGUGUCCAUGUAAAUAUGCAAAAGAUUAAGAUAAAGGUUUUACUUCACUCUGCAUGUUUGCCCUUCAAUUCUGAAACGCCAUUAUAUUAUUUUCUUAUUUCUCAACUGUUGCAUGAAUAUAGUUCCUAUGAAUUUGUUAGAUUGCAGCUGGUCAGCACUGUUUAAGGUACUCAGUAAUAUACUGCAUUUUCAAAGAUGAAACAGUUUUUUAUUAAUAUAUAACUAUUACUAUUACUAUAAUAUAUUUAUAAACUACUAGAGUAACAAUGUCAUUUGAAAGCUGUAUGUACGGGUGUGGUGUAUGGAUUUUCAAGAUUUUUUCAUGUAUUUUGAAAUAAGUAGCUAUUGUACACAAUUCUACUUAAUUUAAAUUCAAAAUAAACUAGCAGUUCAAAUAUU